GUCAUGGAGUGUAUUCAGGCAGCCAUUGAAAGGCGAGCAUCAGAGGGACUACAACUUGAGCUGUUCACAGAUGAUCAUUUUGGACUUCUCUCAGAUAUUACGAGGAUACUUCGUGAGAAUGGUUUAUGCCCCAAAAGGGCAAAAAUUUCGACAAAGAAUGGGAAAGCAAGACAUAGUUUUAUUGUCACAGAUGUGUCUGGCAACCCUGUUGAGCCUAAAACUAUCUAUUUGAUCCGGCAGCAAAUGGGACAAACCGUGAUACAGGUGAAAGGAAAUUUAAGCAUGUCUCCGAAAUUUCCCCAGGAGACAUCAAGAAGUUUCCUUUUUGGGAGCUUUUUCAAAUGCCCUAGUUUCCAAAAUUCUAGACUCAUCAAAUCCCUUUCAUGAUAUGCGUUUGCAGACAUUGCAAAAUCGACAGGACAAGUUCCUUGAAGGACUCCAUUUCAGUGGGACCAUAAGUGACUUCAAAGCUAAUUGUUAGUUUACAUGGCUUGUGUACAUCUAUUGUACAGAUUGCAUUGGGUUUGUAAUAGAGAUAGAAUGAUUGUAGAGAUGAAGAUCAUUAAUGAAAAGAAGCAAAUAUGUUUUAGCAAUGA